AUGACUAAUGGACACUACGACGUAGUUCUAGAACUCAUCUGUUGUGCAACAUCACUUGAUGCAUCAGAGCUUGAAGGUGGAGUUGGCGCAACUAAGGAGAUGCUAAGGUUAACAAAUGAGGAUGGAGACACACCCUUGCACGAAGCUAUUCGAUAUAAUCGGUUUGAUGUGGUAGAAUUUUUAACAAAGGAAAAUUCAGUGUAUUGA